GCGGCCCCUCCUCCCGGUCCCGGGGGUUGGUGGCUCGGCCUCGCCCCCCGGGACCGGCGGCUCAGCCCCUCCGGCCUCCGUCCGCGCCAAAAAAGGCCCGGGCGGCGAUAGCUCCCCGCUCGGGUCGUCCCGGGCCGUCGGCCGGGAGGGGAUCCCAGCCCCCCAGCAGGCAGCCUCCUCCCACGCCUGGCUUCUCACUUCCGCCCGCAGGACCCCCGCCGCCCGGCUCCGGCUUUCGCGGAGGGUAGGAGGUGGCAGGCCUCGGCGGCGGGCCUCGGGAAGGCGCGUCCCCGCGGCCGCCCCCGCGCGCCGGGCGCCGAGACCCUGCCGCCCGCCGGAUCUGCGGCUAUGCUCCGGGCGCGCGGGAGGCGGGAUGAAGCCGGUUGCCUUUUCUUCCAAGGCGCCUUACCAGCGGGAAGGGAUAAGGAAAAGAAACGGGCGUGGGAGGAAAGGGAUGAAAUAAGUCGGGGUCCGGGAGUCAAAAAGACAUCACAUCGGGGAUCGCCAGUCCUGUCGAGUCCGGCAUCGUGUCCCGGGGGGGCCGAGGCACACGGGCCGUCUCUGAGCGUGUAGGUGGCACCUCGAGCUGAUUCUUCGGAAUGGUCAUCGCGUAGGAGCCAUCUUGCAGGAAGAAGGGCCAGCCAGAUGGUAGCAGGUUCUGCAGGUCUCGGCGCACGGGGAAACCUUUCUUCCCUCUUUCCUCCGAACAGAUGAAACAGUCAGAUUGCUUGCAGAAAGAAUAAAAGCAGAGGAAAGAAUCUACGUCUUCCAAAGGCUAAAGGACAGGGUAUUGAAAUGGCCUGGAAAGUGUUCAGCAUUAACAGCAGCAAGUCAAAUGUUCACCUGGGGUGCAACUGGGAAGAAACAAAAGAAAAAUCGACGUGCAGUCAAAGAGCCGCUUCAUUUUUCUAGAAAGUGACCCUUCACAGAGUUCCAAGGGAGCCUUCUCCCUUAGCAACAGUCCUGAAGUUCCAGAAACCAUUCUAAACCCUGAUGGUCAGCUUCAGCGUCUGUCUGGUCAUCAGACUUAUUGCCGAGUCUUCAUCCCAGGGAAAUGCAUGUGGUGGUCGUGGCAGCAGACGUGAUUUUGCUCUUAAGCAUGGGGUGGACCUCAGACUCUCUCUGCUCACCCACUGUGUUUUACAGAGACUGCUGGAUCCGACGCUUCCCAGGUCUCCUAAUUGACCUGGAGGAGUCUCAGAAGCUGGGGGCCCAGUUCUUGAAGUAUUAUUCCGAAAGCACUGGUCAGAAGUGCAGUCGGAGCUGCUGUCUUAGGAAGGAUGUUUUCUGUAACUUGGCUGUCUUCUUCCAUGACCCUAUUCAUGGCGAUGUCAACUGCCUCCAUAUUCACUGCCCAACCCUGGAGAGCUGCAUAUUGGAGCCCGGAACCAGCGCCAUUUUAUACAACAUAACAGACGGUGUAGAUCCAGAUUUGCUGGUUUUUGAACAAUCACUGCCCACAUAUCUAAACACCCGUUAUUCAUCUAACAUACGGGAGAGACUAAGGAUUCUAAAAGCUAUGUAUUUAGAUAAACAACAAACGACCAUGAUAAACCAAAUGCUACCAUCAGUAGAGGCUCCAUCUUCAACCACAUAUCAAGAUUUGUUUGCAACCACAAAUACUACUAGGUAUUCCAAGGAAUUAACCACAGACUCUUGGGCAAGAUUCAUUUCUCUGAAUGACUCCAUUACCACAAACGUAAAUAUGGUGUCAGCCAGUACCAAGUUCAUCAGCAAUCCAGAUAACAAGACUAUUUCUCCUUUCUUUGUGCCGACAGACACAAAACUUUCUCAUGUGCCUUUUCCAUCCCAACUCAACAGUAGCAAACAAGUACUGAACAAAACCAAAGGGUACAACAGCAGAAACCGUACAUCUGAGAAUGAAGACACAACACCUGAUGGGGCACCUGUGACUUCCAAGACGUGGUUGGUUCCUGUGGUCCUCUGCACCUCUGUCACCUUCCUCUGCUGUUGUGUAGUCAUCCUGGCAUCUGGAUGCUGUCGAAAGCACCAGGGCCAGUAUAAACUAGGACAGAGAAAGUCAGGAUCCAAGCAAAUUAAAAAAUGUACCAUUCUGAAGGAGCGCUCUUAAUGGUAAAAGAUGUGAGCAUUGUAAGCUUUUAAGAGUAUCAUUUGUAGUUUUCUGUAAGACGAGGGCAGUUUGGUUAAAAAAAAUAAAAAGCACAGAUACCCAUUCUUACCAAUCUCUAAAGAAUGCCAAUGUUUGAUAAACAUAAUUGUCUUUUUGAUUAUUUCCAUUUUUUGAAUAGUGUACCUUUUGCUGAAGUUCGAAAAUUCUAAUCUCUGCAGUUAUUCAGCACCAUGUAAGAGAUAGUUUUAAGUGCUGUACAUGUCUUAACUUGUUGAUUCCUUGAACUCUGUGAGAUAAGUAUACUACUGUUAACUAUUACACUGUUCUUAUCACAUUUUACAGAUGAGGAAACUGAGGAAAGAGAGGCUAAGUAUCUUGCCUAAAGUCACAUAGCUAGUAUGUAGCAAAGCCUGACUUAAUAGGCAACAUGGUUCAAAAGUCCAUGCUCAAAAUCACUGUUGGACUACAAGCCUCCAUUUUCUCAAUGAGUAUGGAAAAAAGAUACAGGGAGGAAAACACCAUAACAUCAUAUUUGGUUCCUGUCAAGGUCAUAUUAUUGUCACAUAUUUUAAUGAAAUCUUUUAGUGGCUUGAGCAGAAAAGCACUAUAAACGAUUACAGUUACUAACCCAUGAGCAAAAGUUUCCUGAUUUUUAUAUAAUUUUUUAUGUUCAAUUGAUUAAUCUUUCUCAGUCUUAAUUGAUCAGCUUCUUAAAAACUGACAUGCCUCUCAAUAAUUAUGGCACUAAGAUCUUUGAGUUUUCUGUUGACUUCUGUUGAAUAAAUCUUGGGAGUUUUUUAGUUUAUGUCCCUCAGUUGUAUAAGUUGUUUUCCCAGGUGCAAAUAUUAGCUCUAGGUAUUUCAAGCUCUGUUCACUUACACCAGAUUCACCCCUAAAUCUUAUACUCUGACUCUUAAGUGUAGAAAACUGUAAUUCAAGUCUCUAAUGAUCUUAAACUUUAGGCCCUUAAUCUCAUCUCUGAAAAUAUUUUUUAAUGUGAGGACAUUGAAAGACAGCCAUUCAAGCAUAAUGAAUAAAGAGGAAAUCCUAUUAUAAGAUUAAUAAAAUAGCACUC